AUGGCGCCCCCGAAAGCCCUCACGCAGGACAGGGGGGGCGGAGUGCUCCGGUCCCCGGCCGAAGAGGGCGACCGCGUCCGCGAAGAGAGCGAGGGUGUGCACUCUUCGGCCGUAUCUCCCUCCUCCAGGCCUUCAGGCCUUCUUCCCGCUUCCUCUGAGUGCGGCGUCUCCUCCGUUUGCGCUUCCUUGCUCUCGCCCGCCGUCUCCCCGGGCCAGCCUGCAGGGGUUGCGGCGCCUUCCUCUUCCUCCGCCUCUCGCGUCGCCUCGUCUGCGGCGCUGGUUUCGCCUCCUCUCGCGCGUCCUGCGCUCGCGCCCUGCCCGUCGCUUCUCUCGCUGCUGCCUGCGUCGCCGAACUGGUUCGCCGCCGCGGUGCUGUCUGUUCACCCGACUACGUCGGUCGCGCUUCUCUGCUCCAAGUCUGCAAUCUUCCUCUUUGAUCUCUCCGCUGCUUGCGCGGUCACCUUCGUCGACUGCGGCCUUUUUGCCCGCCCCGGCGGCGUCGCCUGGGCACUCAGCCCCCUCUCGCUGGUGCCUCGCCUCCUCCCCUCGCCAGCCGCACGCGGAGAACUGCAGGCCGCUGCAGACCUCGCGGCCGGGGCGGAGAAAGGCCUCCUCCACGGCGGCGCCAACGCGGCGCAAAGCGCCGUUGAUCGGGUGCGAGAGGGCUUGGAGUCGCGGCUGCUGGAGGACGACGAAGGCGAGGGCGGGGGCGACUCUCUCUCGUGCUUGUCUCCGUGUUUUUUUUCUUUCCACCACGAUCACUCAGUGCGGCUGUGGCGCGUGGAGUGCGCCCUGGCCUCUCUCUUUGGCGCGCAGGCGGAAAAAAGCCGAGAAGCAGAUGAAGCCGAGCCGCGCGCAGGCGCCUCGACCGGCGGCGAACUGAUCUCCCAGGUGGCUCUUCAUCGCGCCCACAAAGGCGACGUCGCCGCACUCGCCGUGUGGGGAGGGGCUCUCCGCCGCCGCGGCAGAAGGCCUGCGAGAGACACGUGUGCAGCGGCUGUGGCGCGCGCGCCGCAGCCGCAGGCCGGAGCCGCAGAAGGCGCGUCCAAGCUCACACUGAGCGAAGAAGACGGGUCCGGGGUUGCCUUGGCUGCCAAUGUCCACGCAGAGAACAGGGGACGAGGCGCAGGGGAGACGGCCGACAGAGGGGUCGUCUCGCGGGAAGCGACGGGGGGCCUCGAGGAGACGGAGACAGCUCUGUGGGCUGUGUGCGUGACGGGCGACAAGCGCGGGCGUGUCGUUCUCUGGAGUCUUUCUGCUCAGGUCUUUCAGUCGACCGCAAAACCGGGAGACGGCCCAGGGUUCGGGAAGCACGACAGCAAAACGUCUGCCUUCAGCCCUCGCGCCGGUCAUCCCGUCACAUCGCUGGCGAUCGUGUGGCCUCCAGGUGUGCGUUCACCGCGGGAACGCGCGGGCGAGCCGCCACAUUUGGAACAGACGGAGAGCAGACACGCCGAGCGGGCAGGCGACGGAGAGAACGGCGAAAAAGAAGGGCGUAUUGGGAUUGGACCAGAGGGCGCGCGUGGUUCAGGGGUUUCACUACAGAAAGAGGCGCUGUCCCUACAGGAGGGUGGAGCCCAAGCGCCUGACGCGGACGCGGCUCCGGUCAUGGUAGCUGUCGGAUACGCCACAGGCGUUGUUCUCCUCGUUGACAUCUUUCAGCAGCAGGUGCUUCACGCGCUCAGUAUUCACAGCGAGGAAAUCUCGUCGCUCGCGUUCCUGCUUCGGCCGCUGGCGGCGCCUGCGUCCGCGGCACCCUCUGCGCCAGCCGAUCGUUCCCUCGCGUCGGCGUCUUCUUCUUUGCCCUCUGCGUGUCGCGCCGCGCUGGCGGAGAGGGCCCCCCCGCGGUCGCCUCCUCCACUCUCCCUUCUUCUGGCUAGUCGAGACAGUCAAGUCUCGCUCUUGGAUCUCUCGGCAGAGACACCCGCGGUUCUCAGCAGCUUCUACGUCGACAACCCGAGCAAGAAAGUCAUGCUGCCUGUAAUAGUUGCCCAGGCGCAACCGGACAACGAUGCCGCGUCGGCACCAAGGGCCUCCGGCGCGGCGCCUUCGCAGUCCUCGUCUUCUAGCGCCGCUUCGCCGUCGUCCUGCUCGGUGUCGCCACCUCCCUCGUCGUCGUCGGAGUCGGCAUCUUUGAGUUCUUCAGCUUCGGCGGAGGCUUCAGGCAGCCCGCCUCCCUCCACUCGAAAUGCAGCAGAGCCUUGUGAUGGUGCUUCAGUCGCUAGCCCGGCGUCUGCGUCGUCUCCUCUCGAGCUGUGGGAGUCCUCUGGGGCUUCCCCAUCUCCUUCGUUGCCAGGCGCCAUUCCGGGGCAGUCCGAUCUUCCCUCCGCGUCUUCCUCUCCCUCCUCAGUUUUUGUCGCUUUGCCGUCGUCCCCUUCUUCCGCGUCAGCUUCAUCCUCUUCUUCCUCAACCUCGUCUUCAUCGCCGCCUGUCUUGCAGUCCUCUUCCUCCUCGUCCAUCUCUUCCUCUUCUUCUUCCUCUUCUUCUUCCUCGUCUUCUUCCUCGUCUUCUUCCUCUUCUUCUUCCUCGUCUUCUUCCUCGUCUUCUUCCUCGUCUUCUUCCUCGUCUUCUUCCUCUUCGUCCUCGUCUUCUUCCUCUUUUUCCUCGUCUUCCUCGUCUUCUUCCUCUUCUUCCUCUUCUUCUUCGUCGUCUUCUUCUUUUUCCUCUUGCGAGAAGGCGGGCGGCAGAGGCAAGGGGAAGAAGGGUCACGGCGAGGCGAGUCUCGGGGGUUCCUCGGAGCGGCGGUGGCUCUGUGUCUACUGGCAUCCAGUGCUGCCCUCUUUCGUUUUCUUCGGGACCUCGGCGGGCUUCCUCUUCUCGUGGCGUCUGCCGCUGGAGUUUCCCGCCCCCGAGGGCCCACCUGCUGUCGCGGACGCGGCUCGCGAGCUUUCCGCAGCGCGGCAGCUCCCGAGCGCGAGGCCUGUCGCGACGUCUCCGCCGUCGCGCGCCUGCUCUCCUCCGCAGCUCGUUCCUCCCGUCAAGCUGACGCAGUCUCACACUCGUCCCAUUUUCACGAUUGGCGGUUUCGGCUUUCUGGCGAGCCCCGGCGCGGCUCUCGGCCGGGGCCUCGAGGCGCCAGUUUUCUCCAGCGUCGCAAAGUUCGCUGCCGCCAGGGGAGGCGGAGAGGCCCGCGCGUCUCAGCCGCAGCUGCUGCUUCUAACGGCCUCUAUGGAUCGCGUUCUGUCACUCGCGGCCGUGGCGCCGGCCUCCUCGAGUCCGAAGGGCGCUGCAGUGGAGGCUGAACAGGAGGCGGCGGAGGCGCUGCUGGCCAGCCAGGCCCCCUUUUCGCUCGCGUCGCCCCUCAGCGACGCGAAGGGAGGCCGCGCGACUCUGCAGUCGAAGCAGCGGAAAGCCGCGGAGCGGCGCGCAGCUCGCGCGAAGAGCGCCGGGAUCGAGGGGCGGCUCCUCUGGAGCCUCAACACUCUCGGCGGCUGGGUGAACUCGCUCGCCGUCUCCCGCGUCUCCUCGCACCUCCUCGUGGGCUGCGGAGACUCCACCGUCCGCGCUAUGGACCUGCUGCAGCUGCUGCGGCAAGAAAGAGACGCGCGGCGCGACUCCGGUGUGGACUCCGCUCUCCACCCCGCCCCAGAGACUCCCCUCGCGCUCGAGCCUCGGCCGGCCGCCGAGGGACCCGCGCCCUCGCACGCGUUCGGGUCUCAGGGCUUCGACGUGCCGGCCGUGGGGCUCGAGGAGGCGGAAGGCGACUCGGGGACGGCCGCUUCGGGUGCCGCGACCGCGGAGACCUCCUCUCGCGACCUUGUGCUUUCACGCAUGCGAGCUUCCGGAGAGGCGGCGCUGGCGAGCCAUGCCUUCUCGUCCCUGUCGCUCUGGCGGGGCUUGAUGGCGGCAGUGGAGGCCGUGGCUUGGCAUCCGACGCUCUUCGAGGUCUUCGCCUUCGGGCUCGCCGACGGUCGCUUCGGGCUGGGCUUCCUCUCCGGGCUUGAAGGCUCCUCCGCGGCGCUGCCUCUGGCGUUCGCGGCGCCGGCAGCCGUCGCGGCCUCCUCACAUAUCGUGCUGCUUAGUCAGACUCCCCUCCCGGGAAAGGUCUCGCGCCUCCACUGGGCGCGGGUGCCCGGCGAGGCCGGGACGCGCGCGCAGCUCCUCCACCAAGCGCGCGACGCGGUGCAGCGGCGCGGCGAAUCCGCAGAGACUGUGCAGAAUUUUGACGCCGGCGACGCAAAGGAGCGGGAAUCGGCGAAAGGCGCAGAGCCCGAGGCCGCGCGGGGCGGCUCGGCGGCGCCCGCGCGGCGGGGACUGGAGGCGCGCGACGGGGAGAAGGAGAGGCCCGCGGAGACCAAGAGAGAAACUCUGCACGCGGCGAAGAGCGAGAAACGCGACACGUCCGGGACCUCGUGUUUGAUCUGCGGCACAGACUCGGGGGCCGUUCAGGUCUCCGCGUUCUUCUCAGAUCGAUUCCUCGCUAGGAACAACCCGACGGCGCCUUGCACGACCGGCUUUGCGGCCACGGCGUGGAGCAAAGCCGACGCGCAGCCCGCCGCCGCCGCCGCGCCAGCAGCUGGAAAGGGCGGGCGCGCGAAGCCCGGCAAGGCUAAGGCCGCAGGCCAGCAGCGCGGCAACAGCGCGGCGCGCGAGUGGAACGAAGGGGAGCCGGGGGCGGGGGCGGGGGCGGGGGCGGGCGAGGCUGGCGACGCGGCACCGGGGAGGCGGCUCGCGUGGGUGCCUUCCGCAGUGCCCUCUGCGCCUUCGUGCCUCGCCUUUGCCUCGCUCGGGGCCUGCGCAGUCGUCUGUCCUCCACGCGCGCCCGGCGGCUGCGCGGGAGACGCGGCGCGCGCGGGCGUGGAGUUUUCGCAGCCGAAGAAGGGGCGGAAGGCGGAGAGGGCGAGUGAGCUGCAGGGCUUGCCGUUCGUCCUCCCGUCUGUGUCGCUCCGAGUCGUCAAAGCGCUCGUUGACGCCUCCUUUGGCGCGGAGAAAGACCGCGGAAGUGAGGAAAACGAUGCAGGCUCGAGUCCGCUAGACGCCGUGCCAGGGACAGGGUCCGCGGCGGCCGCAGCGGUCUCGGCUGCAAGCGCCGGAGAGGGGGGCUGGGAUGUCGUGUGCCUGGUGCGAGAGCGAGAGACAGGCGGCGAGGAGCCGGGGGGGCCUGAGGGGGAGCCCAGCGAAGACAAGGUUCACGAGCUGCUCUUUCUGCUGCCUGUUCCCUCGCAGGACUUGUGUGCGCGCGUCGCAAACGGCGCGCCGCUCGAGUCGCCCUGCUCUUCCUCGUGUGCGCCGGUGCCGGCUCUUCCCGCCGUCUCCUUUUUGCUCCUGGGAAGCCUUCCGCUGCCGCUCGGGGGCGCCGCCUCGUGUUGUGCGGCGGCGACGCCUCCGCCCCAGCGCUGCGGCGCGUGCCGCGAGAGAGAGGCGAGAGGCUGGCGAACGCGAGAAGGAGGAGGCGGGAACGCCUCACGACACGAGGCGGCGAGCGCACCCGCGCAACUCGGUCACCACGCAGACACGGCCCUAAGCGAGUUGUUCUGCCCCUGCCCGCGAGCGCCGGCGGAAAACCUCUUCUUCCCCUGCAUGCGCCUCCUGGCGGUCGGCGAUGCGAGCGGGGCCGUCUGGGUAGGAGCCUGGCCGUGGAUCGUGGCGGCCCUGCUGCGCCGUCAGACAGGCCGCGCGGGGGGGUCGCCGCGCGGCGCUUCGCAGCGAGCAGGUCAGAGCCAGCCUCUCGCUUCUUCUUCCUCCCUCGGCGCCGUGAUUCCUGCGGCCUUCGAGAAGCCCCCUGGGGUCUCGCGGCCUAAAGGCCGCGCGACCGCCCUCGCGCUGGGCGUGCGCUGGGUCGCGGCAGCGCAGGGGGCGGAGAGAGUGGAGGGGGGCGGCGGAGGAGAAGCGGCGCCGCUGUUUCUGAUGCAAAUCCUCCUCGGCGCGACGUUCGCCUCGGGGAUCGCAGAGGCUUUCGAAAUCGGCCUCGCUCGCGCGCCGCUCUCGACCGCCACGGGAGGCGAAGGCGCGGAGGCAGGAGCCCAACGGGCGCCUGGAGGCGGCGCCGCAGACCUGUGCGAAGGCGAGGCGCGCAACGAUACGGACGAGGUGCGCAACGAUACGGGCGAGGCGCGAGGCGCGGGAGUCUUUGAGACAGGUCUACGCGCCUCGCUGCUAGGCAGGCUCGAGCGGGCUGCGUCCGGGGCGAUUCCGCAGCACCCGGGCGCGGCGGAGAAAGAGAAGGACGGGGGAGCCUUCGAACAGGGAGGCACGCUUCUCUCAUGCUGCUGGUACGAGCAGCCGAUUCCGCCGCGACUGAAACUCGUCCUAGGUGGCGUGGAGCAAAGCGUGUUCGUCUGGGAUCCUCUCGCGCUGCCUUUUUUUCCGCCGUCCCGACCUCCGCCGCUCCCGUCUCCGUCCUACGCAGGGCCGGGCGCCAGCGUGGAAGAAGAAUCGGCGCAAGAGGAUGAAGCAGAAGUGGCGGCGCGGGCGCAGGUCGGCGAGGAGGAAGGCAUCCAAGCGGCAGCGUCUGCGCUAGACGACGCAGGCGAGGGAGUCAAUGCGCGAGAGGGGGCGACGCCGACUGCGCGGCUGCACGCUCGGAGCCCAAUGAGCCACGGGGAGACCGGCCUGUUGCCUGCUUUCCUCGACAUCCCUGCUUUCUCUCGUCGUUCCCUUCUCGCUCUUCUCGCGGGCCUUGUGAUGCUCGCGCGACAGAGACUGCGAACUGCAGAGACGGGCGCUGCAGAGGAGGCGGCGACGGGCGCGCAGUUGACAGCGGACGUAGGCGACAGCGGGGGAGAGGGGGGCGGAGAGGCCGAAGGAGAAAAAGAAGGAGGAUGCGAGGAGAGCGAGGAAGUGGAUGCGUGUUUCCGCGGCGCGCACGUGCAAGAAACGCGGCUCCUGGCGCUGCUCUACUUCCUCUUAGGGCCCUCGUUCUUCUCGGAUCAUGCAGUCUGCGCGCUUCCGCUUUCGUACCUCCGCGCAUUGGUGUCUCCUCUCUCUCCUUCUUCUGGCUUCUCGCGUGCCUCGGGGCACCGCCGGACGGCCUUCUGCGGCGCGGCCUGCGCAGGCCGUCGCGCACUCGUGGCUGCAGUCCACGACUCGCUGCAAAGCUCCGGCGCUGGAGAGGCGCACGACAACACAUGGGCGCGAAUUUUUGUCCUCUGGAUGACUGUAGCAGAGCAAAAAGCAAACGCCGCCUCCUUCGCGCCUGACUGCGCCGCUCACCACGCGCUUCUCUACGGUGGCGCCUUGCCCUGGAUGAUGAAGCCUCGCUCUUUGCGAGAAUGCGCCUCGCGCGGCGCGGCGCCCCGAGGGGGAGACGCGCCCUCGGCUCUGCUGUGGCUCGCGCUGGGGAGCACCGCGCUGCUCAGCGACGCCUCCGCCGAGACGCAAAGCAGCUGGAAGACUCUCGUUGACAGCUUCGUGCAACACCGCCUGUGCGCGGCCGCGCAGCUCAGACGUGCCGCGAGUGAAGACGAAGUCGCCUCAGAGGCAGACGCGCAGAGCAUGGCGCAUGAGUGCGUGGCGCUGCUUCUGAGCGUCGGCGAGAAAGAAAAGGCAGCGGAGGCCUUGCGGCGUUCACGUCUCUUUGGUCACGCGCUGCUUCUCUCCAGGCUUCCCUUCGUGGCGUGUCGCGCUCACGAAGGUCGCGCCGACUCGCAUCCAGCCGCGACGGGGGGGGCAGGGGCGGCCGCGCCGCCGCUGGACUCCGGGCGACGCUCCGCGGCUGCAAGCGACCGCGACCUGCUCAUGCUCACCUGGGCAGAAAGUCUUCUGCAGAGGCGGCACUGGCUCGCUGCCGCAGUCGUGGCGUUUGCAGGAAAAGCCGGGCUGCUGGCGGGCGCCAUCUUGCUCGAGGGUGUGCGUACACUCGAGCAAGACGCGGACGAACCCCUCCGGGGCGCGCAGACCACGGAGGGCGCGAGCGCUAGCGGAAGCGCCCACAUGUUCUCUCACGCAGACAGCGCCAGCCGCGGCGCUCGGGAUGGAGAGAGGCGCUUGCUUCUCCUUCUCGCUCUGUGCUGUGCGCGGGUCGGCGCGAACGAAGUCCUGACCCAACAGAAGCAGCGCCCGGAGGCGCCGCGAGGGAGGCGGCAAGCUCGCGCGAGGCGAGCGCCGCGCGAGCAGUCGAGCGCCGAGGGAGGAAGCCGCGAGGCGUGGAGGCUAGAAGAGGAAGUAGACGACGCAGGCGGCGCGAGAUGCGCGAAGGGAGCGGCGCGUGCGCGCAGACAGACGCCGCAAAAGACGCAGAUGCCGCUCUGUCACAGCCUGCUUCUUUCGCACUUCCCUGCCGUUGCCCAGGCGAUUCGCCAGCCCCUCGGAGACGCUCGCGAGGAAGAAAGCGAGGAGGGCGCAGAGUCAGUUGAGUCUUCUGCAUCUCUGUGCGACGCAGAGGCCGCGCUCGCCCUCGCGCCUGAGCAGGCUGAGAAGACUCUCUGUGACGAUCUCCUUCCGCUGCAGCUGCGCGUCGCCGCCGCUCUGGCACGGUCAAAGGCUUCCUGCGAUGCGGCUUUCCGCGUCGUCCGCGGCGACUGGAGCUCUCCGUCCGCCCCUUCUCGCUGGUCUCCUGAAGCGUUUCCCAGUGGAGAUCCGGUCGUGCCCGAGGCUGAGAGACCUUCGCUCUUGCUCGCCGCCCUCUUUGGCUGCCACGCACCCCAACGGAGGGACAGUCGCGUCGCCGAGGCCGGAGCACACACCGGAGGCGCGACGGCGCGCGGCGUCUUCGAGGCUGACGACGCGCUUCUUGAGAGGCUUCUGCGGGUCGGCUGGGCUGCCCAGGAGGCCGUGAACCCCGAGGAGAGCGACGCUCUCGCCCUGGCGGCGCAGCAAACUCUUCAGGGACAUCAAGCGGUGUUCGCCGCGCAGUCUCUCCUUUGCACUCUCUCGCAGGCAUGCCCUGCGCGCGCCUUCCCCGACGGUGUUCGCGCUCUGGUGGACGCCUGGGCGCGCCUGGAGACCGAGGGAGGCCGCAUAAGCCGUGACGCGCCCGUCGGGAGCCAAGCCCCGCAGCGCCAGCCCGUGCCGGAGGAGGCGAAUGAGACGCUUGCGAUGCGAUUGGUCGCGGCCCUGGAGAGGCUCGAGCACGUCGUCGCUUUGCGAGUUGCUGACGUGAGCGCUGGCGGAGGGGCGAAGGGCGCGUGGGCGGCUGAGGGUGCUGAGGGCCUGGCUGGCGCGCGGGCUGCAGAAGGCGAAAGUUUCCGCAGCCAGAAGGGACUGCGAGCCGACGCAGCUCAAGCAGACGGAGAAGCAGAGCUGCUCGGCGCGGCGCUCCAGUGGGCGUGCGGGAUCCUCGCGCGCUGUCGCCUGACGCCUGCGCCUCUCGAGGUCUGCGAGCGCGGCGCUGGCGGCGACGGGGGGGGUCCGCCCGAGGAGGGACCGGUUCCUGCCGCGACCGCGGUCGUGCGGCUGGAGGCGUCGCGGGUCGCAGGCUUCCGCGUCUCAGAAAGCGGCUUGCCCCUGGAGGUUGGUGUGCGUCUGCCUGCGCUGCAAGUCUUGCUUGUAAAGAUUGCGUAUCGGCCGUUCCUGGAGGCGGUCGACCUGCGCGAUUUCGCUGGUGCGCAGCGCUUUCUCUCUUCGCUGCUGCGGCUCUUGCUCGCCGUCGCUCGGCAUCCCUGCGCCUUUCCCCAGUUCCACGCUCGCGCGCUCUAG